AUGUAUCUCUUAUCAAUUUCUGGAAUAUUAUGGCUGUGUAAACAUGGCUUAUUGGCUGAAGAGUUGUAUGAAGAUGAUGCGAUGCAUAAAGGCUACAUUGCUCAAGCCUCAAACCAUGGAUUUGAAGAGAAACUCCAGAUGGCUCAAAUGGAGCUGACACAAGGCAUCAUGUUUAACAUAGACACUAAAAAGGAAAGAGAAGCACUGAUAGAAUUGGCUGAAGGGAGACAUCCAAAAGGGAUAGAAGAAUUCAACAACAAACAAGCUCCAAGAGAAAUAGAGGAAGCAUAUGAUCGUGCAAAGCAUAAAGAUGAAGAAGACCCUGAUGGCAUUUCACACCAAUAUGAUAGGAAGAAAGAGACCAAGAUGAGGCAAAUGGGAAAGGAAACCCACACUGAGGCUGGUGCUCGAAAGAAACGCUCAUUGUCUCCUAAGGAAGGCAGUCUUCCAUUGAGAAAUAUAAGGCAACGCAAGAAAAGAAACAUUGUUAAACACAAAGGAAUGCACUGGACAAAGGGAACAGAUGGAUAUGUGUACAUACCCUGGGAGUGGGGGGAAACAUCAACUACAAUUAGUGAACACAGUUGGCACAGAUAUGAGUUCCAUCAUGUGAACGACUAUAUAAGUUUCCAUCCCGUUGACAUAGCUUCAGUUAUGAACUAUGACAGAUGGUUUGCCUCUGGAACUGAAUGGCCAACCAUGGAGCCAUUAGAUCCCAGAUGGGAGUACCUCUGGACUGCAAGGCAUUACCAUUAUGGUUUCUAUGACCUCAUGGACAUCACAAAAGCACAUGAGUGUGACGCUGGGUGUACCGUAGAGCAGAAAGAAGCAGGCUGCAAGAAUGGAGGAUAUCUUGGCUGGGUGAAUGACCAGUGUUCAUGUAUUUGUUUACCUGGUCUCACUCGGGAAAGAUGUGAGGAAUUUGAUGACCCUUGUUUCAAAAUGGGUUCUGUGCGAAUUGAUGAUAAUGAUUCUAAGCAAGGAAACCAUAGUGGAGCAGUACCAGAUGGAGUCCUGGAAGAUGAUACGGAAUACGAGUUCUGCUGCAGGAAUGACCCGUUUGAUAGCGAUAUGUUCUUGCCGAUUCAGCUUCCAAAUUCCAAGCCCUUCUACUUGUUUAGACAUGAAGGUGCAUCUUGUCAGGCUGUUGCAGGCAUGGCUGUUACUACUGAGUACAUCCAAUUUGAUGAAAAAGAUGAUCCUAAUCACAAACGAACUGGUGCAUUCCCAUAUGAUCCUGUCUGGCACAAUAAGUACUCAUUUCUACUUUGCUACUAUUACCCUCUCAAAUAUGGCUGCAAUUAUGAGAUUACACUAGAUGAAAACAAUCCCUCUGCAACUAUCCAGACACCUAAUUAUCCCAACAAUUACAAUCCAGAGCAAAUAUGUAAUUGGUUUAUAAAAGCUCCAAAAGAGGCACGAGUGAAUGUCUACUUUGAGACAUUUGAUGUUCAUGGUGGUUUAGAUGGUGUAUCAAAUCUCAAAACUGACUGCAAUGAUUUUGUUGAAAUCAGACAAAGCUUACCAGGACAGAAAGGGAUUAAGGUUUGUGGUGGAAACAUAUCAAGAUCAUGGACUGCAGAAACAAACCUGAUGUGGCUUACUCUAAGUACUGACAAGACUUUAGAAGCAAGUGGAUUCAAGGCCAUCGUCAGAUAUAAUACAAAUGCAGAUAUUGAUGUUUAUUACAACCAUGAACUAAAGGGUGACACAUAUCGCGGCACUGUAUCAUACACACAGGCAAACCGCAGAUGUAUGAAUUGGAUGGAUGUGCGCCACUGUGCUGUUAACCCAUUUAUACCUGAGUACUAUGAAAAAGGUCUGGGAUCACACAACUACUGUAGAAACCCAAAUGAAUUAUACAGGCCAUGGUGUUAUACAGAUCACUUCUGCACUCAAGACUUUUGCGACGUCGCUAAUCUUGGGACUUGUCAUGAUAUAUAUAACAAUUGUGCUGAUUUGUUGACUGAAGAAUACUGUGAAUCUGAUGAGGGUUUAUAUGGCUGCAAGAAAUCAUGUUCUCUGUGUACAUUGGGAGUGACAGAAAGAGCUUUUAUCAAUCCAAGUAUUUAUGUAGAAGAUCCCAAUGCUUAUACACUCGACCCAAUCCCAGCUAGUGGAACCUAUAAAGAUGGAGACAAAGUCAGAUUUGUCUGUAGUGAGACCAAUGGGGAAGAAAUCACCAACCUACAAGCAUUUGGGUUUGACGAACGUGAAGCUUUAACAGACGGUACAUGGAGUGGAAGGAAAGUGAUAUGUGGAGUUUGUCCAGUUGGAUGGUAUGAAUUCAAUGGAAAUUGUUAUGCAGUUUUCACUGAGUCACUCAAUUUCUUGGAUGCAGCAGCUAAAUGUAAUGAUGUUAAUGCUGAUUUAGUUAGUCUUCUAAGCCGGGAAGAACAUGUCUAUGUGUAUGAAUUAGCAGAAAGCCAUGGAGUAUAUGAUCUUUGGAUAGGCCUAACAGAGGACAUUGGCGAGUACAACACAUAUCCACGAUUCAAGUGGUUGGAUGGGAAUCCAUCUGCAUAUCUAAGGUGGUGGUAUCGUUACAAGCCAGAUAAUGGAUGGGGUAAUGGUGAAGAAGAUUGCACAGCUGUCUUUCCAAAUGAUGGGAGAUAUUGGGAGGAUAUGAACUGCAAUAAUACUGUAGACUUUAUAUGCAAAAGAAUGGCUGAGGAUGGUUGCGAAUAUGGUUGGAGUUAUUACAAUGAGAACUGCUACAAGGCAUUCCCCAGUGCCCAUACCUGGUAUAUGGCUGAACAGUAUUGUAUUACAGAGGGAGGUCACCUAGCCAGUAUGCAUGAUGAAGCUGAAGAUGACUUCAUACAGAAUGUAGCAUCAAAGGGUGGUGUCACUGGUUCAUACUGGAUAGGAUGGAAUGAUCAAAAAGAGGAAAACCGCUGGGAAUGGUCUGAUGGAUCAUAUGAACCAUAUACAGAUUGGCAUAUAGCUGAACCAGGACUGGGUAACUGUACAUACAUCCAUAAAUGGUGGUGGGAAACUAAUCCAUGGCGUUGGGAUGCUACCUCAUGUGCCUAUGAAAAACCAUAUGUCUGUAAAGGUGUCCUACCAGAUAUUGAUGUCGUUUGUAAGGAUGAUGCAGAUAAUUGUCUGCAGCUUUUGGAACACUUGCCAACCUUAUGUUCUGAAGAGAAUGACUUUGCCACACGUUAUUGCAAGCAAACCUGUGGAAUAUGUUCACAGGUUAAAGAACAAGAUCCUUCAAAGAUUUCUUCCAAUGGCCGAUGUGGUACAAACUUUCAUGACACUGAGUGUCCAAUUGCUAGUUCAAUCCCAGGGUGGGAUGGAAUCUACCCCUGUUGUAGCUCUAGAGGUUGGUGUGGCAAAGAGGUGGCACAUUGUGCAUGUUCUGGCUGUGUAGACUAUAGGGAGAAAUAUGCCUCUUCCGAAGCAUGUGCACAGCUUGGAAAUGUUGAAAGUGCAAUGGUUGUUUCUGGAGAUGAUUCUUUGAUGAUUGGUGACAGUGUCACAUAUGAAUGUAAUGAUGGUUAUGAAAUUACUAAUGGGUUCCACUCUAUGGCAUGUACUUCCAUAGAUGGUGUUGCUACAGUUGUACCAAGAAUUAAAGGAUGUAAGGAACAAGACCCUUCAAUAGUAAGUCAAGAUGGUAGAUGUGGGCCAAUGUUUAACGACCUUGAAUGCCCCAUUGAUUCCCCUAUACCUGGCUGGGAUGGGAUCUAUCCAUGUUGCAGUACACAUGGUUGGUGUGGCAAAACAGAGACCUAUUGCAGAAACAUAGAUUAUAGGGACCAGUAUGUUGUAACAGACUGUUCUUCAAACGUCCCUAAGUGUGAAGCAUCAUCAACUGUACCAAUUUACCAAGAAAAUCGGAUGAUGAAUUACGGCACUGUUGAUGGUCCAAACUGGCUGACUGUGAUUGACAUGAACACUCUACGCAUUACAAGAGGAGGGGGAAUCUCCAAAUGGGUUAUUUACUCCGAGGUGUACACAACAGUUCACAUGCAAAUAUGGCGUCGAAAUGAGUUGUCAUUAAAUUUCACUUUAGUGGGAUCAAAUGAAGUGUUAAUACAUCCGAGAAGAAUAAACACAUUUCAUAUAGAAGCUGAAAAGAGAAUUCAGGUUCAACCUUAUGACAAAGUUGGUUUCUUCUACGCUGACAGCACCGCUGGUAUCACAUAUAAGAUGUGCAGAACUGGAACUCCUGGUGUACUAGAUGGCAUGGUGUGGCAAAGCCAUACUGAACCAGAAAACAUUAAAGUUGGUGGCUGGGUUGAACUGAAUGAACAACAAUGUCGGAUUUAUUCAAUUGGGUUUGAAAUUACCCCCUAG